CUGUGACUAUAUAAAGGCAACCUGGAGGAGGGACUGCACAUUUCCAGCGCAUGCAGCAGCCGCGGAGGAAUUGGCCGGCUCUCCAGCCCAAGCAAACCUCUGCUCACCAUGCUUCCUCCUGCCAUUCAUUUGUCCCUCAUUCCCCUCGCGUGCAUCCUCAUGAAAAGCUGCUUGGCUUUUAAAAAUGAUGCCACCGAAAUCCUAUAUCCACAUGUGGUGAAGCCUGUCCCAGCACACCCCAACAGCAGCAGCACGCUGAAUCAAGCCAGGAACGGAGGCAGGCAUCUUAGUCACACUGGACUGGAUCGAAACACUCGGGUUCAAGUGGGCUGCCGGGAGCUGCGGUCCACCAAGUACAUCUCCGACGGCCAGUGCACCAGCAUCAACCCGCUGAAGGAGCUCGUGUGUGCCGGCGAGUGCUUACCGCUGCCCGUGCUCCCCAACUGGAUCGGGGGAGGCUACGGCACCAAGUUUUGGAGCAGGAGGAGCGCGCAGGAGUGGCGCUGCGUCAACGACAAGACGCGCACGCAGAGGAUCCAGCUGCAGUGUCAGGACGGCAGCACGCGCACCUACAAAGUCACCGUGGUCACCGCCUGCAAGUGCAAGCGGUACACCCGGCAGCACAACGAGUCCAGCCACAACUUCGAGAGCGUGUCGCCGGCCAAGCCCGCCCCGCACCCCAGGGAGCGGAAACGAGCCAGCAAGGCCGGCAAGCACAGCCUGAGUUAGGGCGCCUGCUCUGGGACCGGGACUGACCGGGGGUCACCGACCCUCUGCUUUGCAGACUGGGUUUGCUUCGCGAGAGACUGGAGCCUGGCAUUGCUGUGUCUCACUUGAAAGUUGACACUUUCUGCUUUGAUCGCACCCAGUGAGCUGCC